UAGUUGCGUGAGUCACGCAGUUCAUCGGGCCUAGUCUGCGUGGAGAUAUUUACACCACAUAAACACAUGCAGGAUUGCGUCCAGUUUCCGUCGCAUUUCAUGUCGGCGGUGGGUGAAAAUGUCUAUGUUUUCGGCUGAAAUCACGGCACAUAAGUUGUUCGGGUGUCUGUAAGAACUGGAGGCAAAAUAGAGGUUACGUGUUGGCAAGGAGGGCUGUACGAAUCCAACCGAGGAACACGAGCGAACGCUUGCUCCACACACAGCCUGCUGAAAGAAGCAGGAAGCGGACUGGAGCUGCUCACCUGAACCGUACCGAAUGGAAGACUGCACUGGACAUUCGCAGGGGAGAAAGCAUCUGUUUUGACACUUUAACCGCGAUUGAAAGCUGACCGGUAUUAUUGGAGUUCAACCCGAGACACACUCUUAACUUCAGUGGAGGACUGCGUCCGAUAUUCCGUCCCGGUUGAUUGGAAUAAUCGGUUGUAAAGAUGCAGCAUCUUCUUCCUCCCAUGAUGGAGCCGACUGAGAAAUAAGAGACUCUAGAGACGGCAGAAGGAGAGAUGUGUACGGAGAGUUUACUAAAGAGAUGUAAAGAACAGCAGUGAGUAAGACAGAGGCAUGGCAGCGUGAUAUGUCAGAAUAGUACCAUGAAGAGUUCCUGCUUCGAAGAAUCGGAUAAGGCAAUUUGCAUGUGGUCUUCCCGUGUUUGCCUAUGAGACAGCGAGAGAGUUCCCAUGGUUUGGCUCCAGCACAUUCUCCGCCAUGCCUCCUGCCAAGACAGAUCAGCUGGACUUGUGGGCGGAGUCAGGGCUGUAUGGAGACGACCAGGUGAUGGUGGACUUCCUAUUGCCCACCGGAGUCUACAUCCAGAUGGAGGUUCCUAGAGAGAGCACCAUUCAACACCUCAAACUGCUGUUAUGGAAGGAGGCGCAGACUUACCCUCUCUUCUCACUCCUGGGGGAGAUGGAGGGUCACAUGUUCGAGUGUGUGAACCAGGCAGCGGUGCACGAGGAGCUUGAGGACGAGACCAGGCGACUGUGCGACGUGCGGCCGUUCCUGCCCGUCCUCAAACUGAUCACACGCAACUGUGGACGUGCAGAACGCCUGCUGGAUUCUAAGAUCGGAGUACUUAUUGGGAAAGGUCUACACGAGCUGGAUGCCUUGCAAGAACAGGAAGUGAAGGACUUUCGGUCCAAAAUGAAGCGAAUCAGUGAAGAGAAAAUGCAGCGCAUGCAGAUGAUGUCAUGGGGGGAGUGGCUUCGGAGUUUUAAUGCCCCGCAGGUGGAGGCGGGGUCACUGGAGAAUUUGAUUGACAAGCAUGAGGGUGGGAUCAAAAUCACCAUGCAUUACGACCAAUCACAGGACACAGCCAGUCUGAAAGUGUCAUUGCAUUGUACAGUAACUGAACUAAUGUAUCAGGCUCUCAAGAAAUGGCAGACCACUCACGGCCCAGAGGAAGACAUUGGACCCCGGAGCGAUUAUGUGUUGCGUGUCAGCGGCAUACUUGAGUUCCUGUUCGAAGAUCUCCCUCUCAAUCAGUACAAAUACAUUAGGACAUGUAUGUUGGCAAAUGAGAGCCCUCACCUGACGAUGGUCCACUGCAGUGUCAUCAAAGCCAUGUUUGAAAAGGAACUCUGCACCAUCGGAUCAGUGCUGGCACGAAAGACAUCGAACCCUCCUCUACCGCUGCCCCCGAAGAAGAGAGGCCCAACACAGUUGCAUACGUGUGUUUGGAAGGUUCAUUCUUUGUUCAGAGUUAAUCUUGUGAAAGGCAUCAAGGUGAAUGCUGAGGAUGCUGCUAAGAUCCAGGUUAGAGCAGGGCUGUUUCACGGUACAGAGCUCUUGUGUAAGACGGCGGUCAGCAGCGAGAGCAGCAGUCGAUCUGAACACGUGUGGAAUAAAACAUUGGAGUUUGACAUCCCCGUUUGUGACCUGCCACGGAUGGCACGCCUCUGCUUCGCCAUUUACGCCGUAAUGGACAAAGUGAAGAAACAGAGAUCCACCAAAAACACACACCUGAACAAAUACCAGACCAUCCGCAAGGCAGGGAAAGUGCACUACCCAAUAGCAUGGGUGAACACAAUGGUGUUUGACUACAGAGGACAACUGAAGACUGGUGACAUUAUCCUGCACUGCUGGUCCUCUUUCCCUGAUGAGCUGGAAGAGAUGUUGAACCCCAUUGGGACAAUUCAAACAAAUCCCUACACAGAGAAUGCCACAGAACUACACAUAAGCUUCCCAGAAUACUCAACACAACCAGUUGUAUUUCCCUCUUUUGACAAGAUCCUGGAAAAAGCUGCAGAAAUCGCUGGAUCCAGUGACAACAUGACAAUGAGUCGUGGGGGCAAGAAGUUUUACAUCGAGCUAAAGGAGAUCAUGGAGCGAGACCCUCUCUCUCAGUUGUGUGAGAACGAGAAGGAUCUGAUCUGGACACUCCGCCACGACUGUAGAGAAAACUUCCCUCAGUCUCUCCCCAAGCUGCUGCUGUCCGUCAAAUGGAGCAAACACGAAGACAUGGCUCAGCUGCAGGCUCUGAUGCAGAUUUGGCCCAAGCUGAGCCCUCGAGAUGCUCUUGAACUGCUGGAUUUCAACUACCCCGACCAGUAUGUCAGAGAAUUUGCGGUCAAAUGCCUUAGAGAUAUGAGUGAUGACGAGCUGUUGCAGUACUUGUUGCAGCUUGUUCAGGUGUUGCGCUAUGAGCCAUACUAUGACUGUGCCCUCAGCCGUUUCCUCCUGGAGCGCGCUCAUAGCAGCCGCAAGAUCGGCCAUUUCCUCUUCUGGCAUCUCAGGUCUGAGAUGCACAUAUCAGCCAUAUCUGUUCAUUUCGCUCUGAUUUUGGAAGCGUACUGCCGAGGCAGCAUCCCGCACAUAGAAGUUCUCAAAAAACAGGUUGAAGCUCUCAGUAAGCUGAAAGCAGUGAAUGAGCUGAUUAAACUGGGCACCAUAAAAAUCAAGAACAAGACAAAAGAAGCUCAUCUUAAAGAGGCCAUGAUGACGUGCCUUAGGCAGACGGGUUUUAUUGAGACACUUUCUGACCUGCACUCUCCCCUCAAUCCAAAUGUCCUGCUCGCUGGAGUCAAUGUGGAGAGAUGCAGGUAUAUGGACUCUAAAAUGAAACCCCUCUGGAUCGUUUACAAUAACAAGCUGCUGGGAGGAGAUACACUGGGGAUCAUCUUCAAAAAUGGAGAUGACUUGAGACAGGACAUGUUGACUCUGCAGAUCUUGAGGUUGAUGGAUCUGCUGUGGAAGGAGGCCAAUCUGGACCUCAGAAUCGUGCCUUAUGGUUGCUUGGCAACAGGAGAUCAUUCUGGUCUGAUUGAGGUGGUCUCUUCAGCCGAUACAAUUGCUAACAUCCAAAAAACAAGCAGCAACAUGGCCGCCGCAGCUGCUUUCAAUAAAGACGCUCUGUUGAACUGGCUCAAAGACAAGAACUCUGGAGAUGCUUUGGACAAAGCCAUCGAGGAGUUCACACUAUCAUGUGCCGGUUACUGUGUUGCCACCUACGUCUUGGGCAUUGGUGAUCGCCAUAGUGACAACAUCAUGGUUCGCAGUACAGGUCAGCUCUUCCACAUAGACUUUGGCCAUAUCCUGGGAAACUUCAAGUCCAAGUUUGGAAUCAAGCGUGAACGCGUUCCUUUCAUCCUCACACACGACUUCAUCCAUGUGAUUCAACAGGGCAAAACUGGCAACACAGAGAAAUUUGGAAAUUUCCGGCAGUACUGUGAGGAGGCCUAUCUGAUUCUGAGGAGGAAUGGAAAUCUGUUCAUCACACUGUUUGCUCUGAUGCUCACAGCAGGCCUGCCGGAGCUCACAUCUGUCAAAGAUAUCCAGUAUUUAAAGGACUCUCUGGCGUUAGGUAAAACUGAUGAGGAGGCUCUUAAACAGUUCCGGCAGAAGUUUGACGAGGCUCUCAGGGAGAGUUGGACCACAAAAGUCAACUGGAUGGCUCACAAUGUGGCUCACCCUUCCUAACCCAACCAAACACAGACAUUUGGCUCCAAACUGAAGACAGGGGACACCAGGAAAUGUAAAACUGUUUAUUACAAUGAAAAACAGCUUAUUAAUGAUCUACAGUAUACAACAAUAUAUGGUCCAAACCGAUGGAUCUGAAUGUUCGGAAACAUCUUCGAAGGUGUAGAGAUCUACUGUAGGAACCAAAAACUUUGCUUACACAUUCUGUUGGAUAUAUGAACUGCUUCUGACCACAGUAGGACCUAAUGAAACCUGGUGGAAUCAGAUGUAAUGGCCUUAAGAAGGGAACAAAGGAGAGAACUUCUGCCUUUUCUUCCUCCACUGAGAAAAUCAAUGAACAAUAUUUAACUGAGAGAAACCGGGGGAGUUCUGAACCACAUGAUUCAGUCUGAUAGCACAAGACCGGUUUAGGCCUUCCAGACAUGAUGAGAUAUCGUUGUACAGCCUUGUUAAUGUACUGGGACUUGAGACUUUUUAAAAAUCGACCAAUCAGAGCUUAAGCUCAGAGGAAGUGCAUCUUAUCAGACCAAUCUGACUUGGGGAAAACGUGUGCCUCACUGCUUAAGAAACUUUUUGACUUUCCGUUUUGUUUGUAACUGUAUGUGCUAUACUACUUUAUUAAGAGAAAUAGUCUUCAAAACACUGGAAUCAUGCUAUAUGUAUAAAUAUUUGAUGGGUUUUAAUUGUUUUAAUGGUUAAGCACUCUUCCUAAAUGCCGUAGUGCUGCUUAUUAGUAAAGUACAAAUUGCUGUAAUCAAAAAUAUCGGAAGGCUGCACACACAGAUGUCGCUGAGGAUCAUUAGUGAACAAACUUGUCAAUGUAGAGGGUUUUCCCCCAAUGCCCAACCACCCCUUCUCUCUUCAGAGCUAGCCAUAAAAUCGAAACUUGCUGCAUCAUAUGGCAUCAUAGUCAAGCCCAUAAUUUAAUGGUAGAAUGCAUAGAAAUCACACAUUUCUGUUGCUCCUGAUUUAAGUUGCCCAUUUAGUCCGAAAAUCAACACAGAAGACAGAGAUGACCAAAAAUGUAGUGAAGGUCUAGCUGUGGUGCCCAAGUCUACAGAUAGCACAGUAGUAAUCACUGAUGUUUGCCUAUAUUUUAAAGCACAGACAGUAAUAAUCGUAGCUUUCUACUACUGAUAACAUGCUUUGUGUCUCUAUUGCUGCUUGUGUUACUGGCAGUGUAACUGGAGAUGUAUAGAUGCACGGUGCAUGUUAAUUGGACAUUGAGCGAGUGUGUGUCUGUGAAAGAGAGAAUGAAAAGAAAGAUGUACUGUGAUGUAAUGAGAUUAUUAGGAGCAAUGCAAAGAUUCUAGGACCAACUUUCAGAGAAUUAUUCAUGCAUUUCCUGUGCUGUGAUGCCGGAAUAUGAGAAUAUAAGAUUAAGAUUUGUGUCUUAAAUGAAAUUUUAUACUCAAGCAUGUUACUCGAAUGUCUACUGGCCCUGCUAUAUAGGAUGUUUUGAUGCCUCUUUUUGACCUGGUGCAGUAUGCAAAUGUAAUGUACAACCAUAAACUAUAAUGAGUGCAUGUGUGUGUUGAGAAGGUGUGUGUGUGUGUGUGUGUGUGUGUGUGCGCGCGCGCGCGCUCAUACUGCGGACCUUUGAUUUCACUGAAACUUUAAAUACAGGCUUGCUCUGUCUUGACCAUUUCAUAGAAAUACUAUUAAAGUUGUUUUCUUUCA